AUGAGGGCUAUCCUGUUAAUUAUUGUGUUAGUCUAUUUUAGUCGUCAAACAAAUGCUGCUCAGCCAUUGGUAGCUGUACUGAGAGUUUACAAGAGCGAUAAUUUUUCCAGUCACCUGUGCUAUUAUUUAUCACCGACCCAGAAGUUGGAUCCACUUCUAACAACAGAAAAAAUGAAACUGGUCAAUUUGAUAUCAUCUAUCAAUAAUCAUGCUAAUAUUACAUCAUCAUCACUGGCUAUCUCCGUUAAGUGGAAUGAUUUCAAUGAUGCAGAAAUACUAUCAAUAAAUCCAAAGCUUUUAAUUAUUGUCUAUGAUGGUCAAUUAAUUCCAAAACUAAAAUUAAUAUUGGCAUCACAUAAGUUGGAAGUAUUCAACAGGUCUUUGGUCUUUUUGGAUAACGAUCAAUUUAAUGAUAUCAUUAAUGGAGAGCUUUCUCGUCAACAGCAUACGAAUGAAACUUUAGUUUCCGUUUUCCCAUUUAUUUCCAACACUUUGGCGUACAAAUCUCUAAUUUUUAUUUUGUUGUACGGAUUUGCUAUAACAAGCAUCUUAUUGGGUGCAUGGAUGAUUAUUGCCAGUCGUGAAGAUCUUGGAACGAAGCUCAACGUUGAAUAUGGCGAUCUAAAAAGAGAUGCUAUUGUUGCCCUCGUUUUUCAUUAUAAAAAUAACUGGUUGAUCAGCACGGUUAAACUUCUUCAGUUACAAGAUUUUAUCAAAAAUCAAACUAUUCUACCAAAGUAUAAAUUUUCUCUAUAUUUAAGUAUUACGGUGUGUUUGGCAGCUGCUUCUAUAUUCUUGUUGUUAACUUACUUUUUCUACGAUGUAUUUGUAUACAUCUUAAUAGCGCUGUUUGCAUUGGGUGGUGCAAAUGCAAUUUCAAACUUCCUUACAUUUUUCAUCCAGCGUAUUGUUCCUUCAACAACCAAAACGUUAACAAUUAAUGUGAACUGUUGUCAAAUUACUAGUCCUAGAAAAAUAUAUAUUAUUUCUGCAGCUACUUUCCCAAUUGGUGUAGCCAUAGCUAUAACGUGGUUGGUAUUUCGUAACAAUGAAAUGAUUGGUUGGCCUUUACAAUCUAUCAUCGGGAUGCUUCUGGUGGCAGCGUUUAUUUCUUCUGUAUUGAUUAUACCAUCACUUAAGGUUGGUACACUUUUGUUAGCUGCAUUUCUGAUCUACGAUGUAUUCUUCGUAUUUAUUACUCCUUUAUUCACAUCAACUGCAACCAAUGUUAAUUAUUCUUCUGUGGCUGUUGAACUUACUCGAGUGCGACGUUCAGACGGUCACAGUUACAUGGAAGCUCUAGCUUAUUAG